UGAUCGCAACAUCAGCUGGUCGGCGUAGUAGUUUCAUUCAUGCGGUCGCGUUAAACGGUUCUUUCACUCCGCGAAUUUCUUCUCUCUCAAUCGCACGAUGAGCGUUUCGAAAGUGCAGACCAGUGAUUAUUGCGAUUAUCGCAGUCCUCUGUCGACUCGGUACGCCUCCAAGAAGAUGAGCUAUAAUUUUAGUGACCAAAAUAAAUUCAGCACGUGGCGCAAGCUCUGGAUCUAUCUGGCCAAGGCUGAAAUGGAGCUCGGUCUGGCCAUCAAGCCGCAGCAGGUUGCCGAGAUGGAGGCACACGUGGACGACAUCGACUUUGAAGCCGUCGCCAAGGAAGAAAGGGCGACGAGACACGACGUGAUGGCACAUGUUCACGUUUUUGGGAAACAGUGUCCACUGGCUGCACCCAUCAUCCACCUCGGCGCGACCAGCUGCUACGUGGGCGAUAAUACGGAUCUCUUGAUCCUGCGCCAAGGCUUUGACAUACUGCUCCCGAAACUGGCCAGCGUAAUUCGGCGUCUCGCCAAGUUUGCUCUCGAGAACCGCAGCUUGCCUACUUUAGGCUUUACCCACCUUCAACCCGCACAGCUGACGACGGUCGGCAAAAGGGCGACGCUAUGGUUACAAGAAUUGUUGAUGGACGAAAGGGCUAUUCGUCGGGCUAGAAACGAUCUCAGAUUUCGCGGAGUCAAGGGCACUACUGGCACCCAAGCAUCUUUUCUUCAGCUGUUCAAUGGCGAUGCGGAAAAAGUGAAGCGAUUAGACGAUCUUGUCACAAAGAUGGCUGGUUUCGAAAAGCAUUAUGCUGUUACCGGACAGACGUACAGCAGAAAAGUCGAUAUAGAAUGCUUGAACGUCUUGAGUUCACUUGGUGCGACUGUUCACAAGAUCUGCACGGACAUUCGGCUUCUCGCGAACAUGAAAGAGCUCGAAGAGCCCUUCGAGAGCACCCAGAUAGGUUCGAGCGCAAUGCCUUACAAGCGCAACCCAAUGCGCUCCGAGAGAUGCUGCAGCGUGGCACGUCACCUGAUGACUCUGGUGAACAACGUCCUUCACACCGCGGCGACCCAGUGGAUGGAACGAACGCUGGACGACUCGGCGAAUCGUCGGGUCACCUUGGCGGAGGCCUUCCUGUCGGCCGACGCGAUCCUGAUGACUCUCCAGAACAUUACCGAGGGUUUGGUCGUCUAUCCCAAAGUCAUCGCAAAACAUGUGGCGCAAGAGUUGCCCUUCAUGUCCACGGAGAACGUGAUAAUGGCUAUGGUGAAGGCCGGUGGUGACAGACAAGUUUGUCACGAAAAAAUUCGCGUGUUAUCGCAUGAAGCUGGAGCGCAGGUGAAGCAACACGGCUUGGAUAACGAUUUGGUUGACAGGAUCAAGAAAGAUCCAUAUUUUGCGCCAAUCUUAUCUCAAUUGGACGAUUUGCUGGAUCCGGCGACUUUCGUCGGUAGAGCGCCUGAGCAAGUCGUCGAGUUCCUCGAAGAGGAGGUGCAUCCUAUACUUAAGAAUUACGAGGGACAAGAAAGUGAAAAUGUUGAACUUAAUAUUUGAUUCUCAUCAUGACUGUUUUACUGACUUUGACUUCAAGAGCUUUUCUUUUUAUUGGCUAUACAGAUCAGGGAAAGGGAUUUAAUAAUAGUUUAGUAAAAAUCUUCUCGAGUGUUUUCCAGAGAAAUUUAUUAUGUGAUAUCAGAUUAUAUCAGAGUGGAGAGUGUGAUUGGCUUUUAGGAAUAUUUUUGUAGGAAAGUUAUGAAAUUAUGUGCGUAUACACAAUUUUAUUCAUAUUGUUAACAUUUCUUACAUUUAUAAAAUAAUUCGUAAAAAAAUAAAUCGCACUGUUCGCCAUAGAUGCACACGUUCUCUUUUAUCAUGUAGUAUAUAUUUAGUAUUCUUAUAAUCGUUAUCUUUCCUCUUUUUUCGUUAUCAUACAUUUUUUAUUUUUUAUUUUAACUCUUUUUGCCAAUUUUACGAUUCUUCUCUCCGACGUAACUGCUGUAACAGCAAAUGAACAGCAGAGUGAAAAAGAUAGAAAGAGAGAUAGAAAUAGAUCGAUAGAUAAAAUAGAUAAGUAGGUAGAUAGACAAAGACAAAAAAGAAAUAAACGAUAGAAGAUGCACAGAUUAAAUCGGAAGUAGAAAAUGAAAUUGAAAGGAGAAAAAUUAUAUUACAAGAGAAAAAGAGUAAAAGAAAUUUGGCAAAAAGCACAUAAGCUCUGAAGAAAAGAUAGACUAGAAGAAGAUAGAGAAAUAAGAACAAUAAAUUUAAAAAAAAAUAACGAUAGAAUAAUGAUAGAGAAAUGAAAUCACAGAAGCAACAAGAGAGUAAAAAUACGAUAAUUUUAAUAAUAUUUAAGAAUAUUUCUAAAGAGAAAUAUCCUAAAAGAAAGCACAAGAGAUAGAAGAAAAAAUAUGAAACAAGGAGAAAUAAAAUUUGUAACAGACAGUAAAAAUAUAGAGUUGAGAAGAAAAACAAUUUCUCAAAAGAGAACACAACGAAACAAUAGAGAACAAUUAAGACUAGAGAAAGUAUUAGAGAUACAUAAAUAAUAAAAGAAAAUAUAGAAAGAAAAAUAGUAACUUAAUUGAACGGAGAAAGUUGAUCUGUUAAUUGCGUUAAUUUUUAAUAACGAGAAAAACAAGCUGAGAAAAACGAGGGGAAAGUUAGUGUGAAGAAGAAAACUAGAAAGCAAAAUGGAAGAAGUAAUAGACGGAAAAACUGAAAAAAAUCUGUAUUGAUUUAAAGAAUUAAAAAUUUGUUUUUACUUCUUGUCUAAAAAUUAUUCGAUCAAUAAAAUUUUGAGAGCGGAGAGAAACAUUUAUCACAAAAUAUUAAAUUUAUCGUGAAAAGUUUUAGAAUCACGAAUUACAAACUCUAUUUCGGCACACAAGAAAACUUUUUAAAUGAAAUAACAUUGAUAUUUAUAACAGUACUUGGAUUUUGCAAAAGCGUUUUAAUUUUUUCGGAUGCCUUUAUGUAUAAAAAUAUGUAUAUAUGUAUAAAAAUUGAGAAUUUCUCAA